UCUUACGAUAUACAACUACAAUUGGGACAAUCCUCCAUUAGAUACGUAUUAUUAUCAGAUUAUAAUCAAUAAGUCCCUUAGCAUAUAUCUACGUACACGAGAUGUACAUUAGACUGUAAAACUAUUUUUUUCAGCCAUUCGAUUCUUUUCUAGCCUAUUCUUAUCUCUGUUUUCUAUCAAUAUCAUUUCAAUGUCGUCCGUUCGCAAACACUUUGCGACCGAGACACGUCCAUGCACUCUAUGCCUAUACGUCGGGUUUAAUAAUUAAUCAUAAAGAUAAUUAUUAAAUAUUCCAUCGAUAUUAUCGUUAAAUAACGUAAUGGUUAAGUAAUAUAUAAUCGUAUAUUAUAAUAAUUGAUAAUAAAGAAAUAUUCCUCUUCUACGUCUAUGUUUGUCUAAUUAAGUAAGCUCCUCCUAACUAAAAAGACCGACGUUAAUUUUCUUUAGACGAACGAGAUAAUCGUGCGACUAAGCGAUUUCUCCUGACGUAAUCAGAGGAUAAUAAAGUGUGUCAAUGCCCUAAUACGUGCUGCAUAUGAAUAACUUCAGCUAAGAUUUUAAACUGAUAUUGUAAACUGUUUAUCUACAUAUCAAAUCAAUAAAUUUUUUUGCUUUAUUAACGUUAAAGAGGGCUGCGUGAUUAAAGGAAUGAUUCGUGAGUGUUUAAUUAAUUAAUUUCUCUCACAGAAAAGGAAGGGCCGAAAACUUAUUUUGCAAAACUUAUGUGUAUGAUCAAAAUUGAAUUUAUAAUAUAACAAUAUUAAGUGAGAUCGAACGAAGAAUUUGAAAAGUACGUGUUUUUUCUCUGUCCCCCGUUGCCUCAUACUUCGCAUCGCGUUGCACACCCACGUCGUAUUAAGCAUCCUCCAUCGCGAACGCGAAUACCCCUCCAAUGAUGAUUGGUCGUCAGCUAUAUAAAAGGUGACUUAACAUGAAUACCAUUUGAUUAUCCAACUUUUCCCGUGGCAGACAGUUCAUUCUCCGUUUAUCCUUCUUCGACGGUUCUUUUUAUCUUAUUUAAGAAGAAAGUGAAACUUUCGACAUAGAUUAUUUUCCAUUAGACAAGAAUAGCCGUGCAAAAUGACAAAGUAUCUGAUAAUGUUGGCAUUGGUGACAGUCGUUGUUGGAGUUGAAAAAUAUUCUACCAAGUACGAUGACGUUGACGUGGAUAAAAUUCUUCGAAACGAUCGCGUUCUUACCAAUUACAUUCGAUGCAUGCUCGACGAGGGUUCCUGCACCGCGGAAGGUCGCGAAUUGAAAAAAAUUCUACCAGAUGCUCUUGCUACAGAUUGUAUUAAAUGCAACGAGAGGCAAAAGGUUACGGCUGAAAAAGUUAUUAAUCAUCUUAAGACAAAAAGAUCGAAAGAUUGGGAUCGCCUGAUCACUAAAUACGAUCCACAGGGUGAAUAUAAGCAGCGCUUUGAAAAUUUGCACAACAGCAAGAAGAUUUAAGUAAGAAAUACGUCGGGUGAAACAGUAAGAAGAAUGAUUACGUGAUAUUCCUAAGAGAUAAUAAUAGCGAAAGUAAUCAUUUAGUAAUAAUAAUAUAUAUAUAUAUAUAUAUAUAUA